AUGCCCUCCAUCCUCAACGAAGACGACAAGCAGACGGUCAAGCGGACUGUCCCCAAAGCCUCGAACAAGAUCCACGCAGUCGCAGUCGCAAAGCUGUACGUCGCCCAUCCGAACCGGCAACGAUGGAACUACACGGGCUUGCAGGGCGCCGCGGUGCUCGCGAACGACUUGGUGGGCAAUACAUUCUGGAUCAAGCUGGUGGACGUCAGCCCGGCCAACAGAGGCGUGCUGUGGGAUCAAGAGAUCUAUGAUACUUUCCAGUAUAACCAGGACCGGAUCUUCUUCCAUACCUUCGAACUAGAGGACUGUCUGGCCGGGCUGAGUUUCGCGGACGAGAAAGAGGCGAAGCAGUUCAAGAAGAAGAUGGACGAGCGUGAGAAGAAUGCGCAUAAGAAUACUCGGUCGAAGCCUUUUGCCAGUGGGCCGGCGCAGACGGGGUAUGGAGGAGGACAACAGCAGGCGCAGCCGCACGAGAAGAAGGGCAGGUUUGGAGGACUGUUCUCGAGCCACAAGCACUCUUCGCCGCAAGGCCCGCCGCAGAGCAUUAUCCCUCCGAGAGGUGUGGAGAUUAAUCCACAUGGGGCACCUUCACCGUCAUUGUCCACCCCAAAUGGCAGUCGGACGACCAGCGAGAUCGACUUGACUGAUCCAGCGGUGCAGGCUGUUCUGCAGGAUUUGAAGGGAAUGGGAAUCACAGAGGACCAGAUUGAAGAGCACGCCGGGUUUAUCAAGAGCUAUUUGGAGCAGAACAGAGCCACAGCUGCAGCAGAAGCUGAGAAGAAGGAAAGGGUAGCAAGAGCUCCUCCACCUCCUCCGCCUGUUCCUGCAAACCUGAGUCCACAGAAUACAGGUGGCUCGAAGAGUGGCAGAGGACCGCCGCCUGCACCACCGCCAUCUAGGAGAACAGCGACUGGACCAGGUGUACCUGUUCAGAAACCGCCGAGUCCGAGCCCAAGUCCUCCACGAGAGCCUUCUCCCCCGCGACCACGGUUCAGGGUACCUCCUCCGCUUGCGAAUGCAGGGACGAAAGUCGACAACACGCCAACGUUGCCUGGCAGAAAUAGAGCUGCUAGCCAGACUAACCCUGGCCCUCCUCCGCCUCCAAGACCGGCGAAAGAGCCUCUUGACGAACCAACAUCUCCGCCGUCAGGAAGAUUUGCCGUCCCGCCUCCAUUCGAAGGCAAACGCAUAUCCUCCAACCCAGCACCUCCUCCACCACCGCGAGGAAGCGCAGCACCACCCCCACCGCCUCCCCGAGAUUCCUCAGCGCCAGCAGCGGUUCCUCCGCCUCCCCCACCACGUCAAUCACCAAACCCAAGCGCAGGGGGAUUCGCAGAUUCAGCACCCCCGCCUCCACCUCCCUUACCACCCUCAUCCUCACGACCCGUCCCUCCAGCUCCCUCAUCUGGCGCCCCUCCACCACCGCCACUACCCCCGCCAGCAAACACAUCCGGACCCCCACCCCCACCUCCCCUCCCACCAACCGCAGCACCAAACGGCGGCCCACCACCACCCCCUCCCAUGCCUCCACGCGCAGGCGUAAGCGACGACACAGCAGCCGCAGCCGCACCAAAAGGCGCACCCCAACCCGGCCGCGACGGUCUCCUCGCAGACAUCCGCGGCGGUGCCCGGUUGAAGAAAGUCUCGGACUCGGAAAAACGAGAUCGAAGUGCAGCGGCGGUGCCGGGCAGUGAGGCUUCGGCUCCUGCGGCGCCGAGCAGUGCCGGUGGUGCGAGUGGAGGAGGAGGGGAUGCGCAGGGUGGACUUGCGGGGGCGUUGGCGAGUGCGCUUGCGGCGAGGAAGAGUAAGGUUAGUCAUUCUGAUGACGAGAAGGACGAUGAUGAUUGGUAG